GCAAAAGCAUGGAAGCUUUGUAUCAGAGGCAGCAAUCGUUUUCCAGGCAAAGCGAGCGUCCCCGCCACGGUCGUCGUACUUUCCACCCCAGGGAAGAUAUCCACGCGUGAGGCCCUGGAGGAUUCAUGUCACGCAGCGCUGUUUUCCCUCAAUAUCUGGAGCUGUUUAUCUAUUCCCUUGCUUUCUCUGUGUUUUCCUGCCCAAUUCCACCCGGUUGUUUCCGUCUAGGCGUAGUUUCCUUUCUUCGUUGUGUUCCCCGGCAAUAGUCCAAGUCCCGCUCGAAAUUCAAGUUCCUAGCCCCCCUGUUGGAUAGACCUUGCUAGGUUUCAGGACACAUUGUGCAGUUUUCCCCGAAUUAGUCCGAUUUUCUUCCCCUCUUUCGUGGCUUUGUAGGAGCGUUUUCGCCGUGGGACGAGGGUGGUAGUCUUGUUCCUCCUUUCUCGCGGUUGGGCCUUUGUCCUCGUCUUCUGUUGCCUCCCCUUCAUCCCGUCUGCAAUCUUUCUGUUUCUUAAAGAAGUUGCAAUCUGCGGGAUCGAAUUUCUUUUCCUCCCUCCUCACUCGCAACGUCGGUCCGCAUCGGACGAGCGCUCGGCGAGGUUCUCAACGCAGCUUCGCUCUCCUAGUUGUCCCCCAUCGUGUUUCAUCGGUCUCUCUGCAGGUCUCGUGGAUCUCACGUCGAUGCCGGUGUCGUCGGCAGCCCCGUUGGCCGCUUUCAAGUGUAGGGGGCCGUUUCAUUAGAGAAAGACUUUGUCUCUUCUCCGUCACCACCAUGUUGCUCUCUUCGCUCACGCUAAACGAUGCGAUUCUGUUUUUCGCAUUUCUCUAUUCUUCGUCGGAUAUCUUCGUCGACUGGGACAGCUUCGAGUCUUGUGCGAAGCCAAUCCAGUACUGGCUCCUCGUCUCUUACGCCUCUAUCAUCACCUUUCGUCUCUCCCACUACCUAGGUCAAUGUCUGUCGGAGGAUGGAGAAGACUUCAUUCUGUAUCGCCAGAGAGGACCGCCCUUCUGGGUGAACGUGCUCAUUCUGGGGAUCCUUUUCCCCUUCUUCUGUUGCUGGACGAUCGUCGGGACUGUUUGGUUUGCUCAAGUGCAGAGCAAGACGCCGCAGUGUCUACCUCGCGGAAGUCACCCUUGGUUUUUCGUCUUUUGGCUUGUUCUCUGCUACGUCUGGAUCGUCAUUUAUUGUCUCUUCAUCGCAAUUGCGGCAGUAUUUGAAUAUCGCGCCCGUCGCGCAGAACAGGAGUUUCAGAUCCUGCAGAACGAGGACAUGCUUACAAGAUGGGGUCGCAUCAACGUCUUUGCUCAGUAUGGCAUUCACAUUCUCCGGAAAGGUUUGACGACAGAACAAAUUCAAAAGCUGCCUCACGAGAAACUCCAAAGCGUCCCGAUUGAUCAGUCUGCGUGCUCCAUCUGUCUCGAUGACUUCCGCGCGGGCGAUGACGUUCGCGUUCUCCAAGCCUGUGGACAUAUUUUUCACAGAUGUUGCAUUGACAUUUGGUUACUGCGUAACGCCAUUUGCCCGAAUUGCAAGAGUGCAAUUUAUUGCUCGGGGGGCGGCCGGGAAGAAGAGCCUUUCUGCAGACACGACUCUCACGGCGACCGCGUUUUUUCGACGGAAGCAGAUGUCUGGCCCUCAGAAGAACCGUUUCGAUGGAGGCCUUCUCACGGCCCCGGAGACGUUCGUCCGUGUGAAGACGAAGAAGAGGCAGGGAUUCUUCCGCAAAGUCGAGUGUGAAGCGCCUGGCUGGUCUUGGUCUCGAAACAAACGCAGUCUGAACUGACAACUCUUCUUUCUUCUCUCAUCACCUUUUCUCCCUUUCUUCACAUUUGUCGAUCUCCUCUUCCCUUCCUGCUGGAUGGAAUACAGACGAAGGACCACAACGGCGUUUGCCUGAUGUCAUCUUCCCUUCCAACUCUCCGCUUACAAAAAGAUCAACAAUCGCUUCCUGCUCUCAGUCUUUCCUACGAAGCAGCAUACACAUAUGUAUAUAUAUAUAUAUAUAUAUAUAUUGUGUUUACGUAGACGCAUGAAUGAAUAUAGAAGCGAGUUGUUGAUAGCGGCUCCAGUCGCAACACCUCGCAAGCUGUGGGCACAAGAGAAUGCAGCUCCGGUCUUCCCUGCGCGCACGCGUCUCGGCUUAUAUUCGGAGUGGCGAGCAGUGGACGCGGACACAAGGGCGAGGCAGGAAACGAAUGCAGCGGCGAAGCGGUCGAGGGUUUUUUGAGGACGCCGACGAGCUGUUGCAGGUCGAAAGUGCCUCUGGUCCAGCGUCCUCUUGCGAAUCGGCGCAUGCAUCCACAGGUGCAGGCCUUUGUCCGAGUAUUGCCAUUCUUUGCAUGCAUCCAAACGGGUGCAUGCAUUUUCUAAGUUUACCCCCCUUUUCUGCAUGCAUCCACGAGUGCAUGCGCUUGUCGAAUCAUUCUCCCUUUUCAGAGCACGUGGCGAGUGCGUGCAGCAAAUUUGUUUGGUUCUCCCCUUUCCCGUUGCCAGGGAGUUGAACGGGGAAUUCGCCUGAAAUUCGUUGGAAAGUAGAGGAAAGUGUCUAAAGGGAGAGAGUGCCAUGUUUAAAAGAGAACUCUGCAGGAACAGUCCAUAUCGGGGAGAAAAGGCACAGGUUCAGAGCACAGAAUGAAACAGGUUGUCGCAGUGCAGUCUAUUGAGAAAAGUGGAAUUCUCACAGCUUUUUUCCGCUAGGGCUACGACCCACAGUCUCACGUAGAGGGGAAGAAUACUCUUCACACAAGAGAGUCGGUGGCAGAGGCGUUUUUGGGUCUCAUGAAACGUUGAACGCCGGAUUGACCGCGGCUCUUCUCAAAGAGGGAAGCCUCCCGACUUCUGUCGACGAAGGUGCCGACGGGGAGAAGGCGUUUGUACACAGAGAAUCUAGGAAGCAAGUGUUUUUUCUUCACCUUCAACCUGACGGCACGAGAGCAAGAGUCCUUUGUUGUCGCGUGGCGAGUUCUGAAUCGACAAGUGGAGACAGAGAGAGAAGAACUGCGUGGAAAGAAAGAAAUCUGAAAAACAUGAAACAGGGGAAAAGGGUCUCAGGUUUCAUCUGCCCCUUCGGCCGCGGAUUCUGUCUUUCCAUUUUCUCACUUUCUUCUCCAACAUGUUUUCCCUUCUUUUGUUGGUUUCUCUCCUUCUCUGUGGGCAUCGUGUUCUGGGCUGAAGACAACGGCCCGUUCGCUGUCUCGGUUCCGCUGCAGAAACAGUGAGACUCUUUCUGAUCUGCGUGCACUCCUCUCCAGCGUCGUAACAACAGCACUCUCACGUGUAGAGGUUUCCUCUUCCCAGAGAGACCUCUCACACGCAGGUUUGAGGAACGGUCUCAGGUUUACUUUUUCUCUCGUCUCCCUCUUCUCUCCCGGAUUUCCCUUCUUCUCUCUCCUGCUUCUCUUUUUCUCGUUCCUGCGGUUCGCGCGCGCGUGAGCUGAAGAACCGUGGCUUUCCGCUGACGCAUGCAGACGCGUUCUCGCCUUCCUGCGCAUGUAGUGGAAUUUCGCCCACUGCAAACAUGUGGCUCUCUAACAGCCCUUCCCCGCGAAGUGCCUUUUCGUUUUUCUCCAACAGCUGUCUCUGAUACCUCUUUCAAACAGUGACUUUGCUGAGCCUCUCCAAUUGUCUGUGGCAUCACCGCGCUACGCGAGAGAGCCGCGUCGACUAUAUAUACAUAAAUAUCUAUUUGGGCUCUGGAGGUCCGCGUAAUUCACAUUCAGAGAGAACUGUUUCAAAGAUAUAUAUAUGUAUACGUAUUUGUAUGUACACACGGUUAGUAUACACCAAUCGAGGUUCGACAGUUGUGUACAAGCUGUGUACGAUGCAGAGUUGCAGCCGACCGUACAGACGGGACGAGCCCGCGUACGACUCGGCUUUCUGAGAGCAGAGCCUGUGUGUCGAGGAGUCGCUUGUAUUCUCUCGCUUUAAAAUGGUGUUUCUUCAAAAGUGAAAAGCUUCGUCUGUUACGUUCUAGACAUAGUCGGUGUGGAGCGCUGUUGGCACCGAAUUUAACUCCGAGAGGAAACUGCUACUCAGAC